AUGCGUUUUGUCUAUGACGUCCUCCUGAGUUUGAUUCACCUGACUGCAGCCUGGCCCAUCACCCGCCACAGCUUGCAGAUCUCUGACCAGCCACGGUUGGUUCGCAAAGAAACGCACGGACAUGGUGACGCCGACAGCUUCGCCUCCCUCGAUGAUGAUGGUUCUGUCAGCUGGCUGGAGGAGAGAACACGCCCCAGAUUGAAGACUCGGGAGGCGGUGAUCGGUGCAGAGGGCCCGAAAGGUGAUCAGGGAGAUCCAGGUGACCCAGGAGUGAAGGGCCCCACUGGCAAGAAGGGACCUCAAGGGGAUCGAGGCCCCCAGGGGCAGCAAGGAGAUCCAGGUGAGCCAGGUACACCACCGGAAAUUCCCACACCGCCUGCAGGAUCUGCUGAUGUCAACAUGAUUGGAGCAGCGGUUGCAAUUCACAUCACGGUGCUGGGGAUUCUCUACAUGCAAGUGCAAUCGAAGAUGGACGAUGCGAAGCCUAAAAAGGCCAUGGAUACUGAGGGAACGGAGGCAGAGGGCUUCGAAGAGGGUGAAGUGGUGGAGGAGGAAGCUGUUGCUGAAGAACAGCCUGAGGAAGCUGAGGCAGUUGACUCCUUCAUCAUUUUGGCCUGCGAUGGCGUUUGGGACGUCAUCAAUGAUCAGCAGGCCGUGCAGCUCGUCUUGGAGAGUAUGAGAGAACUGACACCCAUCGCGCGCCAACUGGAAGCGGAUGGACGCUCCAUGGCGGAGAUUCUUGCGCGGAUGCUGGUGGAAGAAGCUUUAGCGCGGGGCUCCAACGACAACAUCAGCUGUUUGGUGAUCUUCCUUUGA